AUGUCAUCUGUCAUCUACAAGAACCUGCCAGGCCCAGUGGGCGAUUGCCUAAAGCCUUCUCUUGCGACUACUGCCACGCUCCCGGUGUCUCCGACGACAUCUUUUGUCUAUACCACUGGCCAUAUCGGGCUGGACUUGGAGACUGGGAAUAUAAUAAAUAGCCCAGUGGAGAAUGAGUUCGAGGCCAUAUUCGACUGUCUCGAUGCGGCUUUGCGACAUGCUGGAGCAACUUUGGGAUUGCGACACGCUUUCAACUUGGUGGCCUAUCUAGUCGAUUCCACCGACGAGGAGACAAUGAUGCGAGUGUUCCGACAGAAGUUUCCCGGUCACACACCCACAUGGACAACUGUUGUAGUCAAGGAAAUUGUUGUGCCAAAGAUGAGAGCAGAAAUAUCCGCUUCGGGGGUGAUAUUCCAUAACGGCGACUAG